AUGGCGACUGAGAUGAUGCAGUCGAGAUUUAAUGCUUCAUCUGCGACUGAUACGCAAGGUGUAUUGGCUGAGAGGCUUCAGUACAGUCCUGAUGAGUACUGGAGUGAAGAUCAAAGCAGAGAAGGAGCUGUAUUAGCUCCUCAAGGUGGAGAUUCAACUGAGACGGACAGCGCUGGAGUUUCAACUGAGACAGGCAGCGCUGAUGGUUCAGCUGAGACCGAGGAUGCUGGUCCUUCUAAUGAGACUGAAGGUGCUGGUGUUUCAGCUGAGUCCGAGAAUAAACAGCAUGAAGAAAAUGUUGCUUCUCGCAAUGAUUUUGUAGUUGAGGGUGACAUGGGUAAAGGGAAGCGUCGGAAUAUCCCUUCUAGCAGACUUAAAGGAUUUGUGACGCACACCAUUCGAGAAAACAGUCUACCUCAUCCUCAUUCUACACAAUCAUCAUCCUCAGGGUGGAGGAAAGCCAUGGAAGUAGAAAUCCGAGCUUUUGAAGAACAAGGUACCUGGGAAUUGCAAGAAUUACCGCCGGGCAAGAGAGCACUAGGGAGUAAAUGGAUUUACACGGAGAAGUAUGAUGAAAAUGGGAAGUUGGUACGAUUAAAAGCACGCUUGGUGAUCUUUGGGAAUCAUCAGGUUGAAGGAUUGGAUUACAAAGAGACAUUUGCACCAGUUGCAAAAAUGACAACGAUACGAUGGUUUGUUCGUCUUGGGCAUUCACCGGUGUCUUGGAAAACAAAGAAGCAACCAACUGUUUCUCGGAGCUCAGCUGAAGCAGAAUACCGAUCCAUGGCAGCCGCAACAUUCCAAGUGAAUUACGGAUUUUGUUUGCUUGGAGAGAUUAUCAAGAGAGGUCGUCAGCCUAAUGUCAUCACUUUCACUACACUGAUCAAAGGGUUGUGUAUCAAGCGUGAGACUGAUCAUGCCUUCAAUGUGUUUGCUAAAAUGACUCACUCAGGUAUUCAACCUGAUGCCUUCACUUGUAAUGUUCUUAUACAAGGGAUUUGUUCAACUGGUAAAGUGGCUCUUGCUAUUCAGCUUAAAAACAAGAUGUCGAAAUGGAAAUGCAGACCAGAUUGUGUUUCAUAUUGUGCAAUCAUAGAUACUAUUUAUAAAGGGGGUUUAGUUGAUCAAGCUGUGAUUCUUUUCUCCGAAAUGCUUAACAAUUCUAAUGUUACCCCGAAUGUAGUUCCUUCCAAUUCUCUGAUUAAUGGACUUUGCAAUUCAGGCAUGUUAAGUGACGCAAAGAGACUCCUUGAAGAGAUGGUUAAUAGAGGAAUAUCUGCUGAUGUAACGACUUAUACUUGUAUGAUUCAUGGUCACUGCUUGCAUGGUCAAUGGGAAGAAGCAAGAAGAUAUUUUGAUGAAAUGAUGGAUCGAGGGAUUUUACCUAUUGUAGUAACCUUUAGUAUAUUAAUAGAUUCCCAUUGUAAAGAUGGGAUGGCAGAAGAGGCUUGGGGUUUAUUUGAACUGAUGGACAAGAUAAACAUAAAACCCAAUCAGUUUACUUAUAACUCAAUGAUAGACGGUUUGUGCUUGGCUGGUCAGCUGCAAGAAGCGGUGAAACUGUUUAACUCGAUGGUGGAUAAGGGCCUUGAACCGGGUGUUAUCAAUUGCAAUAUAUUAAAGUAUGGGUAUUGCAAGAAUCAUAAGUUGGAUGAAGCUAUGCAGUUAUUCCAGAAAUGA